GAUUUGUACUGUACCUGUUCCUUCCAUAAACAGAAGGCUACAGGUUCUAGGGUUGUGAAUCAAAUUAUUUUACCAACAUGAAAUAAACUAAACAAUUUUAAAAUUGAAAGGGGGACGGAGAAACAAUGAGCUGAGGCUGGGUAUAGAGACCAGAGAGCAGCGUUACACUAAAAUAAUCUACAAACCAGGCAGGCAACAGGACCCAACUGAAACAACAAUCCCUGCAGACCUAGGUCAUCACAUUCCACCAGAAACAGCCAGAGAAAUCCAGUGAAAAGAGAAUUCACUGUCCUGCACACCUACAGCUGAUUACAGAGCUCUGACUAAAAAGCAGAAUGGCUCUGAGUGACCUCCUCUACCCAGAUAACCCGAAGAGACGUCAAGAAGUGAUCCGUCUGCACCAGGAGCUGCUAGACUGCAUGUUGGUUAAUUUCCAUGCCACAGAUGAACUGAUUGCAGUACUGAAUACACACUUGGGGUGCACAAUUGCCCAGAUUAAGAUGGAAAAAGGUGGCACCAUCAAGGAAAACUGUGACAUUAUCAUCCAAGCCAUGAGUGAGAUCCAACGGGAAGUAUGGAAGAUUGACAAAGAAAUGAAGGAAAUGCUGGAGCCAAUGCUGUACCAAAAGCUUUAUGAUAUCAAAGAGCCAGAGAUGGAGAAAAUUGCAAUAGCACACAAAGUUUUUUCGAUUGUUCUAGGAGAAGCUACUUCCAUUGCUGGUAUGGUAGCUGUAAAACUAGUUGGCUCAAAUAUUAUAAUUGUUGCUGUUAACAAGCUGGUCACUCUGCUAGCCCAGAUUGGUGCUUCUGUUCUUGGAGGUAUUGGCAUUGCCAUUCUUGGGCUGGGUAUUGACGUGAUCCUCCAGGCCAUCCUGGGAGCAGUCGAGAGGGAUCAACUUCUGGCAAUUGUUAAAAGUUAUGAGGAGCAUCUGGCCGAAUUUAAGGCAGCCUCAGAAAAAUAUCAGCGUGCCAUAAGUGAAGUAACUUCUAUGGUGAAAUGUAAAAUUAAAUGAAUGGCUUUUAAUGUUCUCUCUGGCUGUCACAAUGACCACACCAAUUAUGCUUAUAUUAACUUUUCUGAUUCUUUAUGGUAGAGUGAGCGCUCUUACUUCUUUUUUAGCAGCACAUAAGAUAGCCAUGGAAAUGGGGGCCUUGAUGGCUCAGGAGAUUAGCACAGAAAUAUACCAAUUGGUAAUUGGUUCAAGCCCACUCCAAGUAGGUAGUGUAUGACAGUACCUGCUCCAGAGAUCUGGUAGCUUAUGUGAACCAAGUUGGUUAUUUCCAAUCCACUUCCAAAUGCUCAAAGUACAAAAAUCACCGUCAUAACUAUCACUAAUUUAUACAGUUUGGAAAAAGGCCAGGUUUACAUUAGACACUGUUGCUGGAUUAGUAAUGUCAGUUAGGGACAUGAUUUUUAAAUGACAUUUCUGUACCACAAGAACCCUAGUGGAGAUGUAGUUAUACUGGCAAUAAAAUAAAAUAAAAUAAAAUAAAUGUUUUU